CAGUGCCAACCUCAGAGCAUGGAGGUGGGGGAGCACCACGGCCUGUGAGAGGGCCCUGCGGUUCCAGGUCGGAGAAAAGAUCCAGGGGUUCACGGUCGGCCAGGUCACGUCUGUCCCCGAGCUGUGCCUGACUGCCGUGAAGCUCAGCCAUGACGGCACGGGAGCGCGGUACUUGCACCUGGCCAGGGAGGACAGGAACAACCUGUUCAGCGUGCAGUUCCGCACCACCCCCCUGGACAGCAGCGGCGUGCCCCACGUCCUGGAGCACACGGUCCUGUGCGGCUCGCAGAAGUACCCCUGCAGGGAUCCUUUCUUCAAGAUGCUGAACAGGUCGCUGUCCACGUUCAUGAACGCCUUCACGGCUAGUGAUUACACCCUGUACCCGUUUUCCACACAAAACCCCAAGGACUUCCAGAACCUCCUGUCCGUGUACCUGGAUGCAGUCUUCUUCCCGUGCUUGCGGGAACUGGACUUCUGGCAGGAAGGGUGGCGGCUGGAGCACGAGGACCCGAACGACCCGCAGACGCCCUUGGUCUUUAAAGGAGUCGUCUUUAAUGAGAUGAAGGGCGCGUUUACAGACAACGAGAGGAUAUUCUCGCAGCACCUGCAGAGCCGCCUGCUUCCCGACCACACGUACGCUGUGGUCUCCGGAGGGGACCCCUUGUGCAUCCCAGACCUCACGUGGGAGCAGCUGAGGCAGUUCCACGCCACGCACUACCACCCCAGCAAUGCCAGGUUCUUCACUUAUGGUGAUUUCCCGCUGGAACAGCAUCUGAAACAGAUUCAUGAAGAAGCGCUGAGUAAAUUUGAGAAGAUUGAGCCACGGACGGCGGUGCCCGCGCAGCGGCCGUGGCCGGAGCCGAGGGAGUUCCAGAUCACGUGUGCCCGGGACUCGCUGGCUGCGGGGUCCUCUGAGCAGACAACGGUCAGCGUCAGCUUCCUCCUGCCAGACAUCACCAACACGUUUGAAGCCUUCACCUUGAGCCUUUUGUCCUCCCUCCUGAUCAGCGGCCCCAACUCCCCCUUCUACAAAGCCCUUGUCGAAUCUGGACUCGGCACAGACUUUUCUCCUGACGUUGGGUAUAACGGCUGCACGAGGGAGGCCUACUUCAGCGUGGGCCUGCAGGGCAUCGCCGAGAAGGACAUCCAGACGGUCCGGGACCUUGUGGACCGGACGCUGGAUGACGUCAUCCUGCAAGGAUUUGAAGACGAUCGAAUUGAAGCUUUACUUCAUAAAGUUGAAAUACAGAUGAAGCACCAGUCCGCCAGCUUUGGACUCGCCCUGGCGUCUGGUGUUGUAACUCCUCUGCAGCACGUGGCUUCCUGCUGGAAUCAUGACGGGGACCCCGUGGAGUGCCUGAAGCUGGGGAGCCAGGUGGCUCGGUUCAGGCAGUGCCUGGAGGAGAAUCCCAAGUUUUUGCAAGAAAAAGUAAAACAGUACUUUAAGGAUAAUCGGCAUAAGCUGAUUCUGUCCAUGAAGCCAGACGACCAGUAUUCCGAGAAGCAGGCACAGGUGGAGGCAGAGAAACUGAAGCAGAAGGUCGACUCUCUUUCCCCGGAGGACAAGCAGCAGAUCUACGAGAAAGGGUUAGAGCUACAGACCCAGCAGAGUCGACCCCAAGAUGCGUCCUGCCUGCCUGCGUUGAAGGUGUCAGACAUCGAGCCCCGCAUCCCAGUGACGGAGCUGGACGUGGUGCUGGCAGGCGGCGAGACGCCGGUGCAGCUCUGCGCGCAGCCCACCAACGGCCUGGUCUACUUCCGAGCGCUGUCCAGCCUGAACACGCUGCCCGAGGAGCUGCGGCCCUACGUGCCCCUCUUCUGCGCCGUCCUCACCAAGCUGGGCUGCGGCGUCCUUGGCUACAGAGAGCAGGCCCAGCAGGUGGAGCUGAAGACGGGGGGCAUGGCCGCCGCCCCCUGUGUGCUCCCGGACGACUCGCACCUGGACACCUACGAGCAGGGUGUGCUUUUCUCAUCUUUCUGCCUCGAUAGAAACCUGCCAGACAUGAUGCACUUGUGGAGUGAGAUAUUCAACAACCCCCGCUUUGACGAGGAGGAGCACUUCCGGGUGCUGGUGAGGAUGGCGGCUCAGGAGCUGUCCAACGGGGUGCCCGACGCGGGGCAUGUGUACGCGUCCGUGCGGGCCGGCAGGACCCUGGCGCCCGCGGGGGACCUGCAGGAGACCUUCGAGGGGAUGGAUCAGGUGAGGCUGAUGCAGAGAGUGGCGGACAUGGCAGACGUCAGGCCCGUCCUGAGAAAGCUCCCGCGCAUCAAGAAGCACCUGCUGAGCUGUGAUCACCUGAGGUGCUCCGUGAACGCGACCCCUCAGCAGAUGUCGUGGGCGGGGACGGCGGUGGACACGUUCGUGCGGAGCCUGGGUCGGAGCCAGAAGGAGCGGAAGCCCGUGCGCCCCCACAUCGUGGAGAGACCUGCCCUCGGCGGAAGCUCCCCAGUGAUGAGGAGGCUGGUGAUGGAGCCCACCUUCACGCCCUGCCAGGUGAAGACGCACUUCCUGCUGCCCUUCCCCGUCAGCUACGUGGCCGAGUGUGUCAGGACCGCCCCGUACUCGCACCCGGACCACGCCAGUCUGAAGGUCCUGGCACGCCUGAUGACCGCUAAGUUCUUGCACACGGAGAUCCGAGAGAAGGGCGGUGCUUACGGCGGAGGCGCUAAGCUCAGCUACGGCGGGCUGUUCACGCUGUACUCCUACAGGGACCCCCGUUCCACGGAAACGCUGCAGUCUUUUAUGAAGGCCGUGGACUGGGCCAGGUCUGGGCGGUUCACGCAGCAGGACAUCGACGAGGCGAAGUUGUCCGUCUUCUCGGCCGUGGACUCCCCCGUGGCUCCGUCAGACAGAGGGCUGGACCACUUCCUGUACGGCCUUUCGGACGAGAUGAAGCAGAAGCACCGUGAGCAGCUCUUUGCCGUCCACCGCGAAGCCCUGGUCGACGUGAGCACCAGGUACCUGGGCCCCGGGAGGAGCACGCACGGCCUGGCGCUGCUGGGGCCGGACAGCGCGCGGACCGCGAAGGACCCGUCGUGGAUAGUGAGAUAGCGGGGCUGGGCCCCUCCUGGCCGGCGUGUCACUUCAGUGACCCUUUAAGUUAUUGUUUCCCCAGAAAUCUCGUCCCAUAUAUAUCAUGCUUAAAAUUUUGCCAAAGGAACCGCCUGGCCAGUCAGAUGAGAACUCUUCUGUCUUGAAGGAGCUAGAGCACUCGUGAAGGAACGGAAGUAAUCAUGUGCUCAGUGUCGGGGUGCACACACUGCAAGGCCUUCUAAUGGUAUAAAUGCUUAUUUUAUCUAAUUAAUCCUAGAACUUGUGUUGUUUUAAACGACACUUUG